AUGGAGACCGCGGACGGCGCUUCAGAGGCACCACUCAUUCCAGGUUACCGGGGCGGGCGCGUUAUUCGUCUGCGCUCUGCUGAAGGCGAAGUUUUUGACGUAGAAGAGUCCAUCCUGAAAGUCUCCAACGUUAUUCGAAACCUGCUUGAGGACGUUGCCGAUAGCGACGAGUCAGGGAUACUUCUGGAAGACAUCGACGCCAAGACCCUGGCUAAGGUCAUUGAGUACUGUCGAUACCACGCGCAACCGAACCGCCCAAAAGGCGAACGAACGCUCUGGGACCGCGAUUUCCUGCGAGUUGAUCAGAGUCUUCUAUUCUCUUUAACACUGGCUGCAAACUUUCUGGAUAUACCAUCUCUGCUGGAUCUGUGUUGUAGACACAUCGCGGACAUGAUACGAGGCAAGACCCCUGAGCAAAUACGAGCGACCUUCAAUAUCGAAAACGAUUUUACGCCCGAAGAAGAGGCUCAGCUGCGGGCCGAGAACUCCUGGGCCGAAACCGAUAGCCACUAG